GUGGAAUUUUGGCGCCUGCGCGUGGGACAGAGGGAAGAAAGAUGGCAGCUCGGAGCUUCCCCGCACCGCUGCAUGGGCGCGUGGGCCGAGGCGCCUUCACCAAUGUGUACAAGUCCGUGGAGGCUAGGUUCCUGCUGCUGGAGGCGCUGGAGGCAGCAGUGGCUGAACUGACAGGAUGCGAGGAGGACGAGGAUCCCCGUGGGAGAGGGCUUCAGUGUUCUGGAGAGGCAGCGGCAAAGGAGAGCCCGGGAAAGAAGGCGUGCAGUCCGCAGGAGAGGAGGCGGUGUCCGCAGACUUGGCGAACAUGGAUACCAGAACGCCGAGUGGAAAUAUGCCUUGAAGUAGGAUCAGGGUCUGGAGUGGUAUCUGCAUUCCUAGCCUCUAUGACAGGUCCUCAAGCUUUGUACAUGUGCUCUGAUAUCAACCCUGAAGCAUCAGCUUGCACUCUGGAGACAGCACACUGUAACAAAGUCCACAUUCAGCCAGUAAUUACAGACUUGUUAACAGGCCUAUUAAAAUGACAAACAGAAAUGCUUUUAGAAACCUGGAUAAAAUGGAAGUUGUAAGGCUGUGUGUAUAUAGCCCAGUGAUGUGUCCAGUGCUGAGAUGGUAAGACUGAGUGUUAAAUAAUUGAAUCACAUGAUGUAAAAGCUCUUUCCUCUCUAAUCCUCCUUCAGCCAUUUUGAUUACAUCUGGGAGAAGGUCUCAGUUUUAACACCUUUUAAACACUUGCAAAUGUCUCUUUUUUCCCUCUCUCUUAAAGAUUUUAUUUAUUUACAUAUUUAUGAGGUUACUCAUUAGCACAGUAGGUAGUGAAUCAGUCUCAUAUUUACAUACUUAUGUAUUUAUUUAUUACAUAUUUGAAAGACAGGCAGAGAGAGAGCACAAGCAGGGCAGAAGGAGGAGAGGGACAAGCAGUCUCCAUGCUGAGAAGCCUCCCUCCCCCCACAGUGGGCAGGUGGGUGUGGGAGUGCUUCAUGUGGGGCUCCAUGUGGGACUCAAUCCUAGGACUCUGGGAUCAUGACCUGUGCUGAAGGCAGAUGCUUAACUGACUGAGCCCCCCCAGGCGCCCCUCCAAAUGUCUCUUUAACAAAGAGGCAGAAGGCCUGCAUCACCCUUAGAGUGGAAGCAGUAACUAUAACCAUGACAUUUUUAAAAAUUUAUAUCCCAUUUAUUCUUGUAGUCAUUUCUAUUUCCAGGAAGUAAUACUGAUUUCCCUUUAGAGCAAAUUUAUUUAACAACAACAACAAAAAAGGUCCAUUUAAAGAAAAAUAUUUAGUGAAUAAUGGUAGGUCUCUAUACAUAUAUAGGAGAAUUGUAAGAAUGUUAAUAAAAUACCUGAUACUUCGGACACUGCCUUGAAGUAUUUCAGCUAUUCCAUCUCAAGAAACAGCCUCAGGGGGCGCCUGGUUGGCGCAGUUGGUUAAGUGCAGUUGCUCGG